UGGUUCUCUGUUUUUUGUUAGAAACAGAAUGGUAGUUCAGUUUUUGUCAAGUCCAGUCAGGUUAUUUCCUGUAAAAAUACUCUUCUCAAAAAUAAUGUCCUGUGCAUGUUUAAAUUAAGCAUAAAGAUAAAAGAGAAGUUUAACAACAUAGUCUUGAACAUUCCGCUGUAGUGUUUCUGAAUUAAGCACACUACACCUCCACACCUCCUCCCCCAUCCACGGGUUGCUUAUGCAGUGAUAAAAAUGGGAGGUGAGGGAAUAGAGAGCUCACACGGAGGGCGUGCUUUGCGUAGGUGCAGGCAGGCUCCACACAGUCUCCUGAGCACCAUUUCAGGGAGUGACCUUAAACCGAACAAGGAGCUGCACUGCAAGUAUGGCCCAAUCCCUUCAGCCUCCAAAAGGGAGGUGUCAGGAUAAAGGAUACUUGAUGAUAAUGUCCUGAUGAAGUAGUAUGCUCAUAGGUUGUUCAUUUAAAUGGUAAUACAAAUUGGUUUUUAAAAAAACUUGAAAAAUUUGGGAGUUGAGGGUCAGGCAGUGCUCACGGCCUAUUUCUGUCUCUGUACACAGGGAUCAUUCCUGGCAGUGCUGGGAUCCUGCUGAGGGUUGAUUCCAUGCAGAACAAAGGCCUUCUCCUGUACUAUCUCUCUGGCCUCAUAAAGCAACUUUCUUUUGGGAGCAUGAACAUUCUUUUCAAAAAGAUAAGGAUUGCAUUUGUAAGCUGGCUUGAUUUCCCUGUUCACUAAAAUGCAAAUUUCAUGUAAAAACUGGCAUUUUCUUGUGAUAAGUCUGUUUUUAGCAAGUAGAUGUUUCAACUUGUCUUUUCUCCUUAAGUGUUUAUAAAUUUGCAAACAAAGGAAUUUGGUGUACAGAAGUGUUAAAUUACUGUAAGGAAAGGGAUAGUUUUUUGCUUUUUUCAAAGUAAGAAAGGUAACCUGGUGCCAAAGAGAUAACAGUACAUCAAAUAGGGCUCUUGCCUUGCACAUGUCCAGCCUGGGUUUAAUCCCUGCACCCCACAGGAUUCCCUAAGCUCCGCCAUGAGUGAUUCCUGAGUGCAGAGCUAAGAGUAAGCCCUAAGCACAGUGGGUAUGUCCCUAAAACAAAAAACCAAAAAAUUUAAAGGGUCACCUGACAACUGGGAAAGCCAGCAUUGUGUUACUACAAAUCUGGUAACCCUUCGACCACAUUCAUUUACUCAGAAGUUAAUUUUUUUAGUAGUAAAGACUCACUUGGUAAGAAAAUAAUCUGUCAGCCAUUAUAUAGCACAAAGUUACUAAACACCACGCUAUCCUACUGCCCACAUGAGGAAAGGAUGUCUUAUCUCCCUUAGACAAAAAAUAAUCUACAUUUUUCACCUUGUAUAAACAGAUGAAUGUGGAGGUGACCUUACGUCAGUGCUCUCUAGUUGACCUUACUGCUAUCACAGGACAUUCUUUUGAAAGCCCAGACCCAGACGUCUUUAAGCUUAGUCCUUUAAUUUAGGAUAGCAGUUCAAACAGGAGUGGGGUAAAAAAAAUGGCAACUGAAUUUAAAGUACAGAACAAUCAUGCUAACUAUGAAAAGACCCAAAUUCUGAGGUAGUGGCUAGCUUGUCCCCAACUGACAAUAUAUGGUUUGGUUACUAAACUUUUUUUUUUUUUCUUUUUGGGUCACACCCGGCGAUGCACAGGGGUCACUCCUGGCUCUGCACGCAGGAAUUACCCCUGACACUGCUCAGGGGACCAUAUGGGAUGCUGGGAAUCAAACCCAGGUCGGCGGCCGCGUGCAAGGCAAACGCCCUAACUGCUGUACUAUCACUCCAGCCCAUGGUUAUUAAACUCUUAAAGGGGGCAUCAAAAAUUAUGACAGCAUUUUUUGGGGGAAAAUCUUAUUUUUGCUAUUAGGACUCAAAAGUCUAGGGAGGGGGGAGUGUUUUUCUGCUCCAAGUUUUUUUUUUUUUUAAGUAUAGACUUUUAAGACAACAGGUUUUUAUGGAGAACUUUCUAAUGGAAUAUGGCAAAUGGCUCUAUUUGACACAGAUGUAUUGGCAGUUCUCCUUAUUCCAGUUUUCAUUUGUUGCUUUCUCAUUUUGUAUACUGCAAGUUCCCAAGCAACUGCAAUUUGCUAACACAGCUAUGGAUACACUGUUUGUUUUACAGAAGUUACCUCUCUUUAUUUUCCCCUCCCCUCUCUUUCUUAAUCCUUUAUAACCAACAACAUUUAUAGGUUGACAUACAUUCCUGAGUCUGUAGCUGAUGGCUUAUAGCCUCUGGUUAGCAGCGAGAGAAGAAUGAGUAGUCAGGAACUCGUUACCCUGAACGUGGGAGGUAAGAUAUUCACAACAAGAUUUUCGACCAUCAAGCAAUUUCCUGCCUCUAGGUUGUCACGAAUGUUAGAUGGCAGAGAUGAAGAAUUCAAGAUGGAAGGGGGCCAGAUUUUUGUGGACAGAGAUGGUUUUUUAUUUACCUUCAUCUUAGAUUUUUUGAGAACUCACCAACUUUUAUUACCUCUGGACUUUUCAGACUACCUUAGGCUUCAGAGAGAGGCGCAUUUCUAUGAACUUGAUUCUCUGGUUGGCCUGUUAAAUCAAGAAUACCUGCUGCAGCCAAAACCUGCUCUCUUAGAGGUGCAUUUCCUAAGUCGAAAUACUCAAACUUUUUUCAGAGUAUUUGGUUCCUGCAGUAAAACAAUCGAGAUGCUAACUGGAAGAAUUACAGUAUUUUUAGAGCAACCUUCGGCCCCACUCUGGAGCAGUGACUCCCUCCCUCAGACGACCUUACUUCCACUUCCGCCCCAGAGACCUUCUUAUCAUGACCUGGUUUUCCAGUGUGGCUCGGACAGCACUACUGAGAACCAAACUGGAGUCAGGUAUGUUUCUAUAAAACCUGAUAACCGAAAAUUGGCCAAUGGAACUAAUGUCCUCGGCUUACUGAUUGACACUUUGCUAAUGGAAGGUUUUCAUCUGGUCAGCACUCGGACAGUAUGCUCUGAGGACAAAACUGAAUGCUAUAGCUUUGAAAGGAUACAAAAGCCUGAAGCUCUCACCAUGAACAAAAUGGUGAAACCAGAGACUGCCAUCAUGCCAGGGCAAUCUAACAAGAACAAAUGAAGUCCUUUCUCUUUUGAAAUAAAGGGAAACUGUUAUUUUCUUGCUUAGAAAUUGCAUACUUAGGACAUAUAUGUCAGUCAGAUUCAGCCUGAGUACAUGGCUUUGUUUCCUAUAGUAUUCAGACCUCAAGAGUGCAGAGUUCAGGUUUGCCUGCCUGCCUGCUCUAAACGCCGCGUGAGGUUGAUGCUCUGACCCGUGUUCUACCUGCAGCGCCUCUUUCUUUUUUUCCUGACCACUGAAACAGUUCUCAAGAAUAGUCUCUGGAAUCAGAUAACUUGAUUUUUGCUUCCAAUGUAAUCAUUAGCUAAGUUACUUGGGCAAGUCAUUAAGUCUCUUUGUAUUUCAACUUGUUCAUUUAUCAAAUGAGGAAAAUAUUCUUUUAUAGGGUAUGUGAAGGUUAAAGGAGAUACUGUAAAAAAAAAAGUAUUCACUAUACUGGCAGGUGGUAGGCACUCAGUGCUAACAGUGGUGAUAAAGGAUGGUCCACUUUCAGUUGACCAUUUUUCAUUUCUCACUACAUCAGUCAGCCCUUUCCUCUGCACAGACUUACGUGCUAGCAUAAUUUUUCUCAACACUAUAGUAUGAACACCUAAAAGAGCCAUUCAGCCAGAGAGCACCAAGUACCUCUACAAAUACCAUUAGUUAGGUUUGGGGAGAUAAGUUAAAGGGCUGCACUAGCCCCAGGUUUGAGACCUGGUGGCUCCUGAGCAUUGCUGGGUACAGCCCUGGUGGGCAUGAGAAGUGGUCUUGGUGGUCACUGACCAGCAAUGUCAGAGCAGCACACUAGCCACUGGGUUGAGCACUGAACUGUCAGGUCUGUACAGCUGGAUCAAGUAGCCUCUGUAAAAUCUGAGCUCUGUUUGCGAAGCCAUCCCCAAUGUUACAAUAAAAAAUAAAUGGAAUGGUUGGUCUUUAUUUUAUUUUGGGGGGCCACACCUAAGCCCCAGUGCUCAGGGCUUACUUUUGGCUUUGCGCUUAGAGGUCCUGGUGGUGUUCACCAUAUGUGGUGCUGGGGGUUGAACCCAGGUCAGCCCCUUCCAAGGCAAGUACCUUAUCCACUGAUUUUCACUUAAAAACAUGUUAAAACAUCUGAUAGGCAGCAUAUAUACUGCUUUCACAUUUAAGACCAAAAUCUUUAUUGUCAAAGAGCUUGCAUUCAAGUGAAAAAAUUCAUCCACAUUAUAAUAAGAGAUUAGGAAUAAAUUUAAAGAUUAUCAAUAGGGAAUAACAUUCGUGCAAUAAAAUACAGCCUUUAAAAAAAGAGAUUGCAUUUACAAGUUUAAAAGUAUUGAUAAUAAGAAAAGCUAUAUAUCUUUUAAAUUUAUUCAUGGAAUGUUUAGCAAAGAGGUCACUGUGGACAAGGAAGUGGGUGAGAGGGUUCAGAUAUGGGAGACUUGCUUUUCAACAGAUCCAUUAGAUACAUUAGUCUUUUUACAAAGAUGAAGCAGGGCAGAAAAGACAGUCCAGAAGAUUAGGUGCUUUACUUGUAUGAGUAUACCCUGGUUUCAUCCCAGUAUCACAUAUGGUUCAGAGUAUGAAGCCAGAAAUAGCUCCUGAGCAUGACAGGGUAUGACGCAAACCCCCAUGCCCAAACACACAAAGAAAAUUUAAAAAGCAGCAGCAAUAUCUGAAAGACUGUGUGUAUAUGUGUGCGGAGUAGAGGGGGUGGGGGAGGUGGGAUGAUGGAUGGCAGUUUAAGGGACUGUUAUAGCCAAGUAUGCCUUUUAUCUUAUACUGAUGAAUUCUACUUUACAACCUCUCAGUAAAAGAGUUCCAAAAACUAAUCUAUAUAAUCUUAGUAUAUAUAUAUUUAUAUACUGACAGAAAAAUUUAAAAAUUCCCUAACAAUACCUCAAGAGGUUAUGUAUAAAUGCAUAA